AUGUCAAUUUCUUCUACCUCGGAGACGUUGCCCGUGUGGCUCAACCCCGCAUAUUCGCGGCAAAUUGUCAAGGGCAACCUCAUGACCCUGAGUGCGAGACCAAAGACUGUCGAGCAGGGCGAGUGGAUAGCACACCACGGUCAGUCGUCUGUGGAGCUCACUCAACGUAUCCCCAUUAACCUGUUCUUAGUCGUCGAGCACUAUCGGAAUCUGUGGAACUUCGUCCGUGUUAUUCAUGAGAAGGAGGAGGACGGCACCACUAUUUGCAACGUCAACACCUGCCCCAAAAUGUCGGCAGGGCCGAACCAUUCUUACACCUGGCUCAACAACCGCUACCAGCCCGUUGAGCUCCCUGCACACGAGUACAUGACCUUGAUGCAGCGCUGGAUCGGCGGCAAGAUCAACGACACCAACCUCUUCCCUACCGAUCCGAACGGCGUCUCGUACGCGCCCAACCCCUCUCUGACCAGCAGCUCCAGCACGUCCUCGCUGGCUGACCCUGCUUCGAACGCCGGCGCUCCUCCGGACGAGGACUGGGUCGGUCGCCGCAGCGGCUUCCCCAAGGAGUUCGCCGGCGUGUGUAGGACCAUUUUCCUCCAAAUGUUCCGUGUGUACGCGCAUCUCUAUCACAACCACUUCGUCGACCCGCUCUACCACCUCAACCUGGAGAAGCAGCUCAACAGCUGCUUCAGCCACUUUGUGCUGACGGCCACCGCCUUGGACCUGUUGAAGAAGGAAGAUCUCGAGCCCAUGCAGGGGCUCGUGGACCUGUGGGCGGCGAGCGGUACCUUUCCGCCCGAGAGCAAGGCCUACCAAUAUGCAAACCUCGAGAAUGGAAACAGGAUUUGGAAACUGGCGGCCUUUUGA